AUGUACCCGUCAUUCGAAGAGCUGCGGAGCGACAGGCAAAGAUUAGGCUUCUUCGAGGACUUUAAACGGCUCUGCUGGCCUCUCAGGGGCACGCUCCCAACUGCGCUAGCGGUCAUGAAGACCAUGCGCGGUGCUUUGGAGGACAUGGAGCCCCUGCAGCGCGGAGAUGGAAGUUGGCAUGAGAUUGCCUUUCUACCACUGACGGAACCCAAGGUCUCGUCUAUCAAGGCCUCCAUUCCCAUGUUGAACCAGUAUGAGCCUGACUGGGUAAGGUGGCACAAGGACCAUGAGGCAGCUGAAUAUGUCACGUAUGGGGAUCUGGAUGACGACACGCGGCCGUUUGGCGAGCAGCAGGAGGAUGGUACCUGGGAAGCGGACUCGGAUACAGAGUACCUUGCGAGGUGCUGUGGCCAGGAUAGACCAGUGCAUAAACAAGGUCUGGCGGUGCAGGUGAAGCCGGCCGCGGGGAAGGAAUUCGUGACUAUACAAGACUACGUAUCCGUGGUGCAUCCGUGGAUGAUGAGUCUGCGCGAGGACAUUAUACUGGCCAUGAUUGUGGCAGGUGAUGGAAGAAACAUGGCACCUGAAACCGCGCGCGGUAUGGACUGGAAGGUUUCCGUAAGGGCAGCUCCGCAGCAUGAUAUCUUGACGCAUAAAAUGUGGUUGAGCGAUCAUACUAAACCUGCGCCGUUGGAUGAGGCUACGAGGAUGUUGCUCCGAGCGGCGGGCACGUCGAGGGAUUUGACUCGGCCAUGA